AGAGAUGGACAACGAGAAAGAAAAAAAAAAAGAGAAACGCAGAGGGCAAAAUAUCGCGAAAAAUUAUCAGAAGUUCGUUCCGGCGAGAAGAAUCGAAUCUCUCCCGUACAGUUCUGUUGGUUCGUUGCUUUUAUUGGUUAACGACGGCAUUGCAACCUCACCGAGGGAUAGUUUUUGUUGGGCAGGUGAAAGCUGACGAAGAACAAUCCCAAUGGUACGAGAAAAGGACAAAUGCUGGGAAUACGCGGAGAAAAUGGAUGGGAACAAGGUGAGAUGCAAGUUUUGCUCAAGAGUACUGAAUGGCGGCAUCAGCAGGUUGAAGCACCAUCUCUCUCGGCUCCCGAGCAAAGGUGUGAAUCCAUGUGCCAAGGUAAGGGACGAUGUCACCGAUAGAGUCCGAUCCAUAUUAUCCGCCAAGGACGAUUCCCCACUCACCACCAAGGAUACUAAACCUUUAGCAUCAUCUGCUGCUCCUCCUCCUCCUCCUCUUCCCUUAGACGCAGUUUCUUCUGCUUCCCGACUGUUUCCUAGUAUCCUUGUACCCAAUGCUCAGGAGAUUGCUGAGAGGAGCAUUUCUCUUUUCUUCUUCGACAACAAGAUUGACUUUGGCGCUGCCCGCUCUUCCUCUUUUCACCACAUGCUCGAUGCCAUUGCCAACUGUGGUCCUGGAUUCGUUGCUCCUUGUGCUCUCUCUCUCAAGACCCUUUGGCUUGACAGGGUUAAAUCUGAAAUCGGUUCACAGCUCAAAGAGGUUGAAAAGGAGUGGGCCACCACUGGCUGUACCGUCGUCGCUGAGGCUUGGUCUGACAACAAAGCACGAGCACUCAUCAACUUCUUCGUCUCUUCACCUUCCAGAACCUUUUUUCACAAGUCUGUCGACGCCUCCUCAUAUUUCAAGAACACCAAAUCCCUUGCUGAUCUUUUUGAUUCUAUCAUUCAAGACAUUGGACAAGAACAUAUUGUGCAGAUCAUUAUGGACAAUAGCUUCACCUACACAGGUAUCUCUAACCAUAUCCUGCAAACCUAUGGAGGCAUUUUCGUGUCCCCUUGUGCAUCUCAGUGUCUGAACAUGAUACUCGAAGACUUCUCCAAGGUGGAUUGGGUCAACCAAUGUAUAUUGCGAGCGCAGGUGAUUACCAAGUUUGUGUACAACAAUAGCUCCGUGCUAGAUCUGCUGAAGAAGCUGACAGGUGGGCAAGAUAUCAUCAGAAGCGGUGUCACAAGAUCCGUCUCCAGCUUUCUGUCAUUACAUUCAAUGAUGAAGCAAAAAGCAAGGCUAAAACAAAUGUUUAAUAGCCCAGACUACUCCACACACGCUAAUAAACCACAGAGCAUGUCCUGUGUGGCUAUUCUCGAGGAUAAUGAUUUUUGGAGAGCUGUGGAAGAAAGUGUGGCUGUCUCUGAGCCUCUCCUCAAAGUGUUGAGGGAAGUUUCUAGCGGGAAGCCUGGUGUGGGAUCUAUAUACGAGUUAAUGUCGAGGGCCAAGGAGUCAAUACGGACAUACUACAUCAUGGAUGAGACUAAGCAUAAGGUCUUUUCUGACAUAGUUGAUUCAAAGUGGUGUGACCAUUUGCAUUCACCUCUUCAUGCAGCGGCUGCAUUCUUGAACCCCAGUAUCCAGUAUAACCCGGAGACAAAGUUCCUCGCUUCCUUGAAAGAAGACUUUUUCAAGGUCUUGGAAAAACUUCUUCCCACUAGCGAUCUACGGCGUGAUAUUACAAAUCAGAUAUUCACUUUCACUAGGGCAAAAGGAAUGUUCGGGUGUAAUCUGGCGAUGGAGGCCAGGGAUACAGUAUCACCAGGUCUCUGGUGGGAGCAGUUUGGUGACUCGGCACCCGUGUUGCAGCGCGUGGCUAUCAGGAUACUGAGUCAAGUUUGCAGCGGUUACAGCUUGGAACGCCAAUGGAGCACAUUCCAGCAGAUGCACUGGGAAAGGAGAAACAAGAUUGACAGAGAAAUGCUGAACAACUUGGCGUACGUGAAUCAGAAUCUCAGGUUAGGGAGGAUGAUAACCUUGGAGACAGACCCGAUUGCCGUGGAGGACAUUGACAUGGUGUCAGAGUGGGUGGAAGAGGCAGAGAAUCCCAGCCCUGCGCAGUGGCUCGACCGCUUUGAUGGAAGCGACUUGAACACCAGGCAGUUUGGCGGGGCUAUUUUCGGUGCCAAUGACCAUAACAUCUUCGGCUUAUGAGGUAAGAGUUGUUCAUGACUUGGUCCGGCAUCGGACUUUGAUCUUUUGGAUUGAGAUGAUUGUACAUAAAGUUUUUUCUUUGUUUUAUGUAACUUAUAUAUAAGCUAAGGGAUGAUUCUUGUAGAAAA